AUCGAUCCCUGCAUUAACCGCCGCCGUCACACGCGCAAUGGCCGACGAUUUUGACGACUGGUUGAUCCAAGCUAAACAUGACUUUAUGUUGGAGCCGUCCCCCGAGAAAAUAGACCACCACCAAGCUAGCUCGCCAACAAUCCAAGUCGGCGAUGGUGGAAUCAAGUCUUCAGUGCAGCUCCCUGCGACCAUCUCGGACGAUACGUUCUUGGACGACGACGAUGAAGGUGUAGACGGCUCUGCCAGAAUCCUACCCAUGCCAUCAUUGCGCGAACCGACUAAACUUUCAUCCAACCCCAUUGCUGAGCCGUUCAUCGACCAGUCCGCUACCGAAACACAUCCCAUAGCUCCACCGCCCGCUCCGAUCGAAGUCAGCGAUACUGCGAUCAACUUGGAUUGGAAAGUCCAGACCAGCUUUGACAUGCCAGAUAAGCUCUGCCAAGAGAUCCAGUCUGUCGUCGAUGCCGCUGCCACGCGGCUGGCAGCGGCGGCAACAUCCUCCCCUCCUUCAACAGACACAAACAUGAAAGCGAUGGACGCAGCAGGUCCUAGCGGUGCACCCGAGCUGCUCCUCAUCAUGGAAGUCGUGAUCGGGGACGGCCGAGUCGAGAAUAUCCAAGUCUUUGAACACGACGAGCCAGAGGCACUCGCGAUGGCGUUUGCGCAGCAGCACUCUCUCGAACGAGACGUAAUUCCCACGUUGACAGCGCAUAUCCUCGAGCAGAUUCGAACGAUCCGACCGGCCUCGGAGGACCCGCCGUCGAAACUGACUCACCGGCCGUCUGCGCGACAGCAAGUCCUCUCCCAACCGAAGCAUCACCAUUCCCCCAACACCGAAAAGGAACGAUCUUACAACGCUCUCCGCGACAAAUUUGGAAAAUCGGUCCGGGCGGCAUCGUCCUCUGCGUUCGACCUCGUCCCAUCCAAAACGACAACAGGAAUAUUGCCGUCAUCGUGUCGCAGUCAAAAAGGAAAAGGACGUAGAAGCCAUCACCAACCUGCAGCGUCCGAGCGUUUGUAUGCCUUGGCAAAUGCUCAACGGGAGUGGCGCGCGCGGGCUCAAAAGAAGCGCGAGGACGAACUCAACAAAGAAUUGGCCGACAAGAAGCUUCAGCUCGCCGAAAAGACGAAGCUGCUCGUGGCCAACCGCACCAACGGUCAAUACCGCACGAUCGGCGAACGGCUACACGGUGAAGCUGUCAGUGAAGCGGCUCGACGGAAGAAGCUAGCCGAAGCGCGGUCAGCUGAAAAGGCCCAAGCUGAACUCGCCGGCGACGAUGACUCGGGCUGGAUGUGCCCCAAAUGUACAUUUCUAAAUCGACACCAAGACUCGACGUGCCAGAAUGCAGUCGGCAUAGGGGUCAAACCUCCAACUCCAGCAGCAGCAGCAGCACCACCACCACCAGCUCCCACGGCGGCAGCAGCAACGUCAUCCAGCACCACCAAGCCAUCGAAACGAAGAGAUACCCCGACUCGUGUGUGUGGGCAGCCAAAGCCCGCCAUGUUUCAGCCCACACUGCUGUCCAAGGAAAACAAAAAGCCCGUGCCAAAUGAGAAGCUCGUGUUGCGAAGGCAAAAACACCAAGAAGUCGCCAAAACCGAGUACAACCAGCGCCAUCCUUUCGCCCCCCAAGUGAACCCCACCUCCACGGACCUCGUCAAGGACAAGCGACAUGGCAUCCAGACCCACCUGUCGCUGUACGCCGAUGCGGGCUCGCGACGAGAGCGGCAAAGGGACCACGAGGCAGCGUACUUGGCGCAGUUUCCAUUUCGGCCAAACAUUGGGAUCAACACAUUCGUCGCACCCCCGGCAUCGCAAGAAGCGCUCGUGCACCGCCUCGCGAUCGAAGAUCAAGAGAAGCUCGCCCAGAGUCGUGCCAAGUUGUUGGAAAAAUACGGCGCCGCCAAGGACCCGAUGACUGGGCGGCCCUAUUUUGUCCCCCAAACGGGUCGGCGGCCGCAGUUUGCCCGCAACGACUCGAAUUUGCCCAUUGGAACAUUUCUGUAUGAGAGCCGUCGCGAAUUCGACGAGAUCCACCGGCAACUGCGGCACGCGGACAUGGCAACACUCAAGGACCAUCGGACACAGAGCUUUGUCUCGAAAACGUCCAAGAUGCACCUCAAGGCACGCAAAGCCAAGAGUUUUGAUCGCAUUUACAACUUGCUCCAACAAGCGAGUCGCCCAUCGGACACAGGUGAAAAGGACCUUUCUGUCCUGGACCCGUCCCGCCUUGACAUCGAUGCGCUGUCCCUCGAGCUCGGCCACGUUGCGCUCAGCCUCUUUGAUACGUGCGGGUGGGUGCCAAUUCCGAAGUCCACCUUUUUCGAGUGCAUGGAGUCGACGCUAGCGAAAUGCCAGCACCUUACACAUACCCAAGUCCUCUUUUUCGGGGACGAAGCGUCUCGCGCGAUUCCGUCCACUGACGAGCGCGUGAAAGCUGCGGACGACCAAGAACUCACGCUGCACCCCAAGAUCUGCGCCAAAUCGCACCAGUUGCUCGCCAACAGCGACCGAAAGCACAUUUUUGAACAUCUCUACAGCGUCCACGCAACGUACGCCGCAAAGCGUAAGGAGCGCCAGGUGAAACUAGACAAGGAACACGCAGAGACUUGUACGUUUCGACCUCAGCUGUGCAAGCAAACGUUCCACGAUAUGUACGCGCGCCUGCCGGACGACGGCACCGACGACGUUGAUCCCGUUGUGCUAACCUCGGCCCGGCCAUGUGCACGACCUAGCGUACGGCCGAUCGACGGGGACUCGACUAAGUAAUCGGAACAACUUGUUCCAGUGAUUUGCCC